UGCCUCUGCUGCUGUUGCAGGCGAAUCAGGACGCCACAAGCCAUUUUUCUGUUUCAGUCCGCGUCACAGUACGAGUAUAUAUCAACGUUAAUGUGUGCGCUUGUUUUGGGGUUCGCCGUUUUGCCGACGCUUUUUUAUAAGCCAUUUUUACGCGCGCCGGUUAUACCGUGAAUAAGAAUCUCAUAGACCAUGCUGUGAGGCGCAUCCGCUGUAAUAAAAUGUAUUUAAAUUCUGAUUAGAUUAUUUACAAUUAAUGCAGUGCAGUUAAAUACUGUUAAUUGAAAAUGAGUGACAACCGAACAACUCUAAUUACUUAAGUAUAAAAACAACCACGAAACUUAAAUAAUGUGCGUGCUUUCAGACACUUUGUUGUACCCGUAUGUGCGUGCAUUUGUGCUAUUGUGAAGCAGAAAUAUUAAAAUAUAAAUAAUCAAUAUCUCAACUGCAGUUUGACUACCGAGCAUGAUGCGUUCGGGCAGCCCCCUACCACGCCCCGCCAGUCCGGCUAUCUCUGAGAUCUCCGUUGGCUCGCCUAGUCCACCUCUGGCACCCGCAUUGCACAAUCUAAGUCAACACAAUGGUUUAACUGCCUUUCGGCCAUUGAGUAUAAAACGUGCGCGUCUUACGGAAAACAUAAGCCAGCAAAGCACCGUUUUAACCACAGAUAACGGCGUACCGCUAACUAUACGUCUACCGCCACAAGCGCCGCAACGCCGCAAGUCGAGCGCUGAGCGUGUGAAAAGCUUUUCAAUUGCCGAUAUACUCGGUAAGCGCGAUACAACCACACCGAAACUAAAUGCGUCACGCACACCAACUCCACCAACACCUGCAGCACCACCACUACCACCACCAGAGCCUGCACUCGCACCACUGGCGCUUAAUAGUUCCUCUAGCAUUGUUGAAACAUCCAUAAUGACAGCAUUACCAGCAUUGCCACGGCCACAACCAGCACUACCUGCCACAUUGCUACCUACACAAAUUCUCGGUGAACGCCUGGGGCCAACAGUACCGCCGCCAUCAGCCGCAUUGAUCGUGCCGCCAACUCAGCUACUACUCGAUGCACAUGUGUUUCCCAAGUGGCAAGCAAUCCGUGGUGCUGCUGCUGCCACCGCCGUACCAAUGCCGUUGCGUCCGUUUCUGCCGCCCGCAUUGUUGCACUAUGAACAGCGUUUGGCUUGGGACUAUCAACGUCAAUUGCAGGAGCACUUUCAAGCACAAGCACAGCUAUUGCGUCAAAUGAGUAUGGAUCCCUCGAUUAUUCCGUCUGAAGAUGGUUCCGAACGCUCACAUUCCACUUCGACAGGCAGUGAGUGUGGCUCUCCGGAUUUGGGUGGUGAGCCAAAUAAAGACGGCCAGAGUAAUGAUAAAACUUGUACUAAAGAGUGGAGUGAAAAUGAUCGAAAAAAUGGUGAGGCUAACGAUGGCGGGAAGGCACAAAAAUCAACGGGCGAUACGCCACUCGAUGCUCUCUUUCAACUAUCAACCAAAAACUUUGACGAUGGUACAGAUCCUGCCACACUAGAUAUCUUUUCAACACGCCCAAAUCCAAAGAAGAAGAGAAAAUCACGCACUGCCUUCACGAAUCAUCAAAUAUUCGAGCUCGAAAAGCGUUUUCUCUACCAAAAGUAUUUAUCGCCAGCGGAUCGUGAUGAGAUCGCUGCAUCACUGGGUCUUUCCAAUGCACAGGUGAUCACUUGGUUCCAGAACCGACGAGCCAAACUGAAGCGUGACAUGGAGGAGCUGAAGAAGGACGUUGAAAGUGCGAAACAAUUACCCGACCAGUCAGCAGACAUCAGCAGCCAACAAUAUCAAUCAGCAUGCCGGCAGCGUUUACAGCAGCAUCAGCAACAUUUAAUGGCCUCGCUCAACAAUCAUCGCAAUUUGGUGCAUCAUCAUCACCAUCAUCAUCAUCAAAUGCUCCCAAUAUCGCCCUUAUCAUGCCUGCAAUCCCAAUCGCCCACACAACAACAGCAGCAGCAGCAGCAGCACAGUUACCAACACAACAACAACAACAACAACAACAACAAGCAAAACAACGUCAACUUGAAACCAGAGCAAUUAAUGUAUCCAUUGACAUUGCAAGCAACAACAAACAACGACGGAGCAACAGCGGCAACAAUGAAAACGCGAGCGCCAACACACACACAACCAACCAGCCAAAGUUACACCAACUCAACAGCAGCCGAGGAUAAGAAGGAGCUGAAGAUGUUGAAGAUGAUGACACUCAUGUACUACACCAGCCGCGCUCAGGCCGACGCAUCUGCGUGUGGCGAUGCCUUUGGAGCUGGCAGCAGAGCAGUUGGCAGUGGCAACGGCCACAGUAACGGUGUAGGUGGUGGCACACAUGCCGAAGAGACGGCGGGCAAAACAAAUGUCAAAUAGUAGAGCCGAUUUCUUGAAGACAACUGUAUAUUUCUAGGCAUAUGUAUGAAUAUAUAUACAUACAUAUCAUAUUUACAUGUAAAUAUGUAUUUAUAUUAGCUC